AUGGAGGAAGAGCUGAAGUGCCCCGUGUGCGGCUCCCUGUUCCGGGAGGCCAUCAUUCUGCCCUGCUCUCACAAUGUCUGCCUGCCUUGCGCCCGCACCAUCGCAGUUCAGACCCCGGACGGCGAGCAGCACCUGCCGCCGCCGCUCCUGCUUUCGCGGGGUGCCGCUGCGGCCGCCGCCGCGCCCCCUCCAGAUCAGGAUGCUGCUGCCGGUGCGACCUGCGGAGGCGCGGCAGCUAGCACAGCUGGAGGCCUGGGCGGCGGAGCGGCAGGGGGCGGAGACCACGCGGACAAGCUGAGCUUGUACAGCGAGACUGACAGCGGCUACGGCUCCUCCCCCCCCAGCCUCAAGUCCCCCAACGGAGUCCGCGUGCUGCCCAUGGUGCCUGCGCCCCCGGGCUCUUCUGCCGCCGCGGCCCGGGGCGCCGCCUGCUCCUCACUCUGCUCAUCCUCCAGCUCCAUCACCUGCCCGCAAUGCCACCGCAGCGCCUCCCUGGAUCACCGCGGUCUGCGAGGCUUCCAGCGCAACCGGCUGCUGGAGGGCAUAGUACAGCGGUACCAGCAGGGCCGUGGGGGAGCUGCGGGGGCAUCUGCAGCCCCAGCGGUGGCCAUCUGCCAGCUGUGCGACCGCACCCCACCGGAGCCGGCAGCCACUCUCUGCGAGCAAUGCGACGUGCUCUAUGGCGCCACCUGCCAGCUCAAGUGCCACCCGUCCCGGGGCCCCUUCGCUAAGCAUCGGCUAGUUCAGCCACCGCCGCCUCCCGCACCCCCAGAGGCUAGCCCUACUUCAGCCGGCACAUCCACCGCUCCCAGCGCAGGAGGAUGCAGGAGUCCAGGGGGUGCCGGGGCCAGCGUGCCGCGAAAGUUCCCCACGUGCCCCGAGCACGAAAUGGAGAACUACAGCAUGUACUGCGUGAGCUGUCGGAGUCCGGUGUGCUACCUGUGCCUGGAAGAAGGCAGGCAUAGCAAACAUGAGGUGAAGCCACUGGGAGCAACGUGGAAGCAGCACAAGGCCCAGCUGUCUCAGGCCUUAAAUGGGGUUUCAGAUAAAGCCAAAGAGGCGAAGGAGUUUCUGGUUCAGCUCAAGAACAUACUGCAGCAGAUCCAGGAAAAUGGAUUGGACUAUGAAGCUUGCCUGGUGGCACAGUGUGAUGCCCUGGUGGAUGCACUGACUCGGCAGAAAGCUAAGCUGCUCACCAAGGUGACGAAAGAGAGGGAGCACAAGCUGAAGAUGGUUUGGGACCAGAUCAAUCACUGCACACUGAAGCUGCGCCAGUCCACAGGCCUGAUGGAGUACUGCCUGGAGGUGAUUAAGGAGGAUGACCCCUCUGGGUUCCUGCAGAUUUCAGAUGCCCUGAUCAAGCGUGUGCAGGUGUCUCAGGAGCAGUGGGUCAAAGGUGCCCUGGAACCCAAAGUAUCUGCAGAGUUUGACCUGACUCUGGACAGCGAACCGCUGCUGCAAGCCAUUCACCAGCUGGAUUUCGUCCAGAUGAAAUGUAGGGUGCCACCUGUACCCCUGCUGCAGCUGGAAAAGUGCUGCACCCGCAAUAACAGUGUCACCCUGGCCUGGAGGACACCACCCUUCACUCACAGCCCUGCUGAUGGCUACAUCCUGGAGCUGGACGAUGGCGAUGGGGGGCAGUUCCGGGAAGUAUAUGUUGGCAAGGAGACCCUGUGCACCAUUGACGGGCUUCAUUUUAACAGCACGUACAAUGCCAGAGUCAAAGCCUUCAACUCCUCUGGCGUCGGUCCCUACAGCAAGACUGUGGUCCUACAGACCUCUGAUGUGGCCUGGUUCACUUUUGACCCCAACUCUGGCCACCGGGACAUCAUCUUGUCUAAUGACAACCAGACAGCCACCUGCAGCAGCUAUGAUGACCGGGUGGUGCUAGGCACAGCUGCAUUCUCCAAAGGUGUGCACUACUGGGAGCUGCACGUGGAUCGGUAUGACAACCACCCAGACCCUGCCUUCGGGGUGGCCAGGGCCAGCGUAGUCAAGGACAUGAUGCUGGGCAAGGACGACAAGGCCUGGGCCAUGUAUGUGGACAACAACCGCAGCUGGUUUCUGCACUGUAACUCCCACACCAACAGGACUGAAGGCGGUGUAUGCAAGGGGGCCACUGUGGGCGUACUGCUGGACCUGAACAAGCACACGUUGACCUUCUUCAUCAAUGGGCAGCAGCAGGGCCCCACAGCCUUCAGCCACGUGGAUGGGGUCUUCAUGCCUGCUCUCAGCCUCAACCGAAAUGUGCAGGUCACCCUGCAUUCAGGAUUGGAGGUGCCAACAAACCUAGGACGGCCAAAGCUGUCAGGCAACUAG